CGCUGUGGUGAUGACGCGAGGUCCCCCAAGCUAGCUUACUCUGGGAACAUUGCUUUGAGCUCCAUACAUUUUCUUUCGGUUCUCUACGUCUGCAGUUUGGUUGUGCACUAGUUCAAAAAUUAUUUCAAAAUUUUCGCCAUCAGGAAAAAAGUCAAAAUGUCGGACAAGCCGAAGCGUCCCAUGUCAGCUUACAUGCUAUGGCUAAACAGCGCAAGAGAACAAAUCAAAGCCGAUAACCCAGGCCUGAAAGUCACCGAGAUCGCUAAAAAAGGCGGAGAAAUUUGGAGGGCUAUGAAAGACAAGAGUGAAUGGGAAGAAAAAGCCGCCCAAGCAAAAGAACAAUAUACUAAAGACUUGGAAUCAUAUAACGCGAAUGGAGGUGGUGGUGAAGGUGGUGGUGGUGGCAAGAAGCAGGCGACAAAGAGAGGCAAGAAGGCAAAGAAGGCAUCACCCAAGGCUAAGAAGAAGAAGGAAGAGUCUGAGGAGGAGGAUGGUGACGAUGAUGAUGAGGAAAGCGAAUGAUCUCCCAAACCAACGCAUUUCUGUUCAUAUUGAAUAAUUUACUCGGACUUAAUUUAUUACAUAAUGUACCACUGACUUUCCAAAGUCUGUAUACAUUACAACAAAUUUUUUAGCACCUUUUAUUGGAAGUUUACAAAAUUAUUAUUUUCUGUAUUAUUAUUGGUAUUCUGAAGGCAUUGAUUAACAUUUUUUUAAUAAGUAGUUUAGUAAGAAUGUUUUAGUAAUUAAAUAGGAAUAGAUUCUAGGUGAGUGUAACAUGUGAUGCAGCCAUUAUGUAUGGAGCCAAGCAGGUUAUUAUUAGUCUUAUACUAUGUGUAUGUGUAUUAAUGGAUAUCCCUGUGCAGCUUCAUGUAAUAUCAUCUGCACCACACUGUAUGCAGUCUUUUUCAUGCAGAAUUUGGAAAGGUUCAGCGCAGGCUAAGGUCUAGAUUUCUAAGCCUCAAAAAAAUAAUGUUAAGUGUUAGCAUGUAUGAAAAUGGGGAAAUUGUACAGUUAGCCCUCCCUUGUUAAGUUCGCUGUGACUGGAUGCUCACCUUUAAUUAAUGUACCUUGAAUGGUUUCAUCAAAACUCUAUGUCUUCUUACCUAACUCUGCAGUAAAAGCUGUGCUUUGCCAUAAAUUUUUGUGUUGCUAUGUAUAAAUAACCUUUGUGCUCAAAGACAUAAGUUUUGGUUUAACUAUAUCAAAAUGUAAAAUUAGAGACAAUUUCAUUAACUAUGGCUUAUUGUUAAAGUAAAACCUACCUCUGUCAUUGUAAAUUUCAAUACUAAUAAUGGUACCAAACUUAAGAUAAGCUUACAUCUCGGAAUGUCACCGAGGUGAGCAAUUUGAUUAAUGUUUAGAAAAAUUGAUGUGUAUGUUGUAUUUUUAGUUGUAUAGGUAGGUUUUAAUGUGAUUAGUCUCUGAAAUUUUACAUAUUUUGUGUUAUUUUGUAAAUGAGAAUAGCAUUCCUCAUGUCAAUAUGGAUUUUACAUGUUCAAUAAAGUAAUUUCAUAUAAAAUUCUA